UCCAGUGAAGCUUCUCUUCAGCUAUAAAUACUGGAAUAUUCCCAUCAGGAAGAAGUGAAAUCUGCAAAGACAGUUUAUUGAAGGACUGAGAGAACAUGAGUGAUCCAGAACCCUGCAGAAUUAAACAGGAAGAGACUGAAGAACAAAUAGAACCCUGCAGAAUUAAACAGGAAGAGUCUGAAGAACUGAAGACUGAUGACCUAAUUAAAGAGAAUGAGAAGAGUGAAGAGGAGACACAUGUCAAAGUGGAAAAAAUACCUAAUUUAGAGACUUGUGAUAUUGAUUUUAAGAACAUAAGAGGCAAGAAUUGUUGCGUCUGCACUGAGUGUGGGAAGAGUUUCAGUCAGUCAUUAAAUCUUAAAAGACACAUGAAGAUCCACACUGGAGAGAAACUUUUCAAUUGCACUCAGUGUGGGAAGAGUUUCAGUCAAUUUUCAUACCUUAAUAAACACAUGAGGGUUCACACCGAAGCGAAACCUUUCACCUGCACCCAGUGUGGGAAUUGUUUCAGACAAUUGUCAUACCUUAAUAAACACAUGAGGGUCCACACUGGAGAGAAACCAUUCACCUGCACUCAGUGUGGGAAGAGUUUCAGACAAUCAUCAUGUCUUAGUAAGCACAUGAGGAUUCACACUGGAGUGAAACCAUUCACCUGCACUCAGUGUGGGAGGAGUUUUAGACAAUCGUCGGCUCUUAAUCUGCACAUGUUGAUCCACACUGGAGAGAGAAAACACAAAUGUGACCAAUGCGGCAAAACAUUUUUGAGGGCUCCAGAGCUGAAGGACCAUCUUAGAAUUCAUACAAAGGAGAAAUCUUAUCCAUGUUCUGAGUGUGGAAAGAGUUUUACAGUGAAGUCAAAUUUGAGACAUCAUCAAAAGAUCCACACUGGUGUGAGAGAGUAUAUGUGCUUUGAUUGUGAGAAGACUUUUGCCACAGCUCAAAAUUUGAAACUGCACCAGAGGAUUCACACUGGAGAGAGACCGUACAAGUGUUCGAACUGUGACAAGAGAUUCUGUCAGUUCGGAGGCCUGAAAAUGCAUCAAUUGACUCACACCGGAGAGAAACCGUACAAGUGUUCACACUGCGACAAUCGAUUUAGUCGGUUAGCAACCCUGAAAUUGCAUGAGAGGAUUCACACUGGAGAGAAACCUUACAAGUGUUCACACUGCAACAAAACAUUCAGGGAGUUAGGAAACAUGAAGACACAUGAGAGGAUUCACACUGGAGAGAAACCGUACACAUGUGAUCAGUGUCUGAAGAGUUUCACACAUUUGUUACAGCUUAAGAGACACAUAAAAAUCCACAGUGGAGAAAAGCAGCAAACAUGACGUCAAUGCAGCAAA